AUGGCUUAUCACACAGGCUCCCCGUACAGCCUCUACUCCGUGAUGGACGUUAACAGACCAUUCAGUUCCUUUGGUGAAAGUUCUUAUGUGUCCGAACCUUACCAUCCUCCGCAUGCCCCCGUAAUUAGUAACAUGUUUCACGGAAGCUAUCCGAGUUAUUACGAAGAAGAUGGUGAUGACGAUGAUGGUUGUUAUUAUAAUGAGGAUGAUGGUUAUUAUUAUAAUGACCAUGAUGAUUAUUAUUAUAAUGAGGAAGAUUUUCCUAUGGAGGAAUCAGAAAUCAGUGGACAUCUGAAAUCAGACGAAAAUAAAACGGGUGGAAUCCAGAAUAAAACGGAGAAUGUCGAAAAUAAAACGGGAAAAGUUGAAAAUAAAACGGGAAAAGUUGAAAAUAAAACGGGAAAAGUCGAAAAUAAAACGGGAAAAGUCGAAAAUAAAACGGGAAAAGUUGAAAAUAAAACGGGAAAAGUUGAAAAUAAAACGGGAAAAGUCGAAAAUAAAACGGGAAAAGUCGAAAAUAAAACCGGAAAAGUCGAAAAUAAAUCGGAGGGCGUAGAAAACACGAAUAAUAUGUUGACUCUCUUUCAAGCUGUUAUGAUCAUCGUUCAUCUGAUGCGAUUAGCCAGGAGAAACUCCACGAGACUGAUGAAGAAGCAUGAAGCAAGGAAGGAAUUAUUAAAACGCCUGGACGAAAUAAACCGGAAGAUUAAGGAGGACGACCUUAAUAUGCAAAAGAGGUUAGAAGAACUGAAGAAGGAAAUAAAGGAUGAAGAGGAAAAAAUGGAGAUGAAAUGGGAAGGUAAAAGAGCUGAAGCCAGGAAUGAAUUAGCCCUUAUGCGUUCAAAAGACAAAUUGCCUGGUGUAGGCCCAGUCUACGACAAGGACAAGAGACUUUUGGAUAGAACAUUGGACGCUAUAAAUAUGGAUUAUGAGAAAUAUAAAUUAAAGAAAAAGAAGCGAUGGAAUUCUAUGAGAGCACGUUAUCAUAAGGAUCUUGCGCGCUUACAAUUUAGACAGCAGCAGAGGAAAUUGCAAAGGUGCAUAGCAAUGUUUUUUUUUGAAGAGAAGUGGAAUUUUGGACCCAAAGAAUUGCAAAAAUACAUGAUGCUGAGACUGCGACGAAACAUUUUGGACGAAGCAUAUCAUAGGAAAAAAAUAUUACAAGAAAAAGAAAAAGAAAGAAUAAAGGCGAUGAUUGAGGCUGAAAGAGCAGAGGCGGCAAGGAAAGCAGAAGCAGCUGCAGCGGAAGAAUUGGAAAGAAAGGUAGAAGAAGCGAUAGCGAUCAUGGCGGCUAGAGAGGAGGAGAGGAGGAAAAAUCAGCAAGAUCAGUACUAUUAUUUUGAGAAAUUGGGUGGUAAUGAUUAUUAUGAAGAUUUUGACGAUUAUUACGAUCACCAUCCUUACGUCCAUGGCUACGAGGACGAGGAUGAUUAUCAUUCUUAA